ACCUUCAUCGUCCACAUGGCAAAGUCCGAAAUGCCAGCAAGCUUCAACGAGCACACACAAUGGUACGUCUCGAAUCUGAAAUCGGUGUCGGAAUCAGCAGAAAUGCUCUACACAUACAACAACGUCAUCCAUGGAUUCUCUACUCGGCUCACGGACGAAGAGGCCAACUCACUCGAGGGUCGACCAGGAAUCCUUGCUGUCUUACCUCAAGUGAGAUACGAGCUUCAGACCACUCGGACUCCCGAGUUUCUGGGUCUCGACAAGAACGAGGCCUUAUUGCCCCAGUCUGACUCGGCGAGCGAAAUCAUAAUUGGAGUUCUUGACACUGGUGUCUGGCCCGAAAGUCAGAGCUUCGACGACAAGGGACUUGGCCCUGUACCGAUUAGAUGGAAAGGCGUGUGUGAGGAAGCUAACAACUUCAAUGCCUCCAGCUGUAACAGGAAACUAAUUGGAGCGAGAUUUUUUUCCAAGGGUUACGAAGCAUAUGCGGGUCCCAUUAACGAAACCAAAGAAUCUAAAUCACCGAGAGACGACGAGGGCCACGGCACCCACACGUCGACCACGGCGGCCGGCUCAGUCGUGGAAGGCGCAAGCCUUUUAGGUUACGCUGAGGGGACGGCACGAGGCAUGGCCUCACAUGCCAGAAUUGCUGCUUACAAGGUGUGUUGGAUGGAAGGUUGUUUCGAUGCAGACAUUAUGGCUGGUAUGGAUAAAGCCAUUGAAGAUGGGGUGAACGUCAUUUCCAUAUCACUGAGCGGUGAAUUAUCCGAUUACUACAGAAACAGUGUCGCUGUGGGAGCUUUCGCUGCGAUGGAGAGAGGCAUUCUCGUGUCUUGCUCUGCUGGAAACAGCGGUCCCUAUUCCUCAAGCGUGUCCAACGUCGCCCCUUGGAUAACCACCGUUGGUGCGGGAACCUUGGACCGUGACUUCCCUGCUUAUGUUACGCUCGGUAACGGAAAAAACUUCACCGGAGUGUCUCUCUACAGUGGAAACGCAUUGCCUAAUUCGUUACUACCGCUCAUCUACGCCGGCAACGCAAGCAACGCUUCCCAAGGGAAUUUGUGCAUGACGGACACCUUGAUACCGUCCAAAGUCGCAGGAAAGAUCAUUUUGUGUGAGGGGGGCUAUGAUGGGGUUCAGAAAGGAACCAUGGUAAAAGAAGCCGGUGGCGCAGGGAUGAUACUAGCGAACAUGGAUACCGAAGAGCUGUUCGCUGAGGCCCAUCUCCUGCCGGCGACUGCCGUGGGUAGGAAGGCUGGUGUCAUGAUAAAGGAGUAUAUCUCCUCGGAUGCUAAUCCGACGGCCACGAUUGUUUUCGUAGGCACAAAGGUGGGGAUUCAACCAUCACCCCUAGUGGCGGCGUUUAGCUCGAGAGGGCCCAACCCGAUAACGCCUGAGAUACUGAAGCCGGACAUCAUCGCACCAGGUGUCAACAUCUUGGCGGGAUGGACUGGUGCUGUAGGACCCUCCGGUUUACUUGUUGACACGAGACGCGUUGGAUUCAAUAUCAUAUCAGGUACAUCGAUGUCGUGCCCACAUGUGAGCGGUAUCGCAGCACUCCUCAAGGCGGCGCAACCUGAUUGGAGUCCCGGAGCCAUCCGAUCGGCUCUCAUGACAACAGCCUACACUACAUACAAAAAUGGCGCAAAACUAGAAGACCUCGCUACAAGGAAAGCAGCAACGCCGUUCGAUUACGGAGCAGGACACGUGGACCCAAUUUCAGCACUGGAUCCGGGUCUUAUCUACGACCUCACCGUCGAUGAUUACAUUGGUUUCCUCUGCGCUUUAAACUACAGUGAAACACAGAUCUCACUCCUGGCGAAGAGGAACUUCACGUGCGAUACGAGCAAGAAGUAUAGCAUCACUGAUCUUAACUAUCCUUCUUUCGCUGUCCAGCUCAACAGUUCCAGUAUGUCGAGCGUCGUUGAGCAUACACGAACGCUGACGAAUGUGGGCAGCCCUGCAACCUAUAUGGUGUCCAUAUCUUCAGAGACGGAAUUGGUGAAGAUAUCUGUUCAGCCUGAAUCUUUGAUUUUCAGUGCACUAAAUGAGAAGAAGAUGUACACAGUGACGUUCACUGCAACUUCGAUGCCUUUAGGGACGAACAGCUUUGGUAGACUACAAUGGUCCGACGGCAAGCACAUCGUGGGUAGCCUUAUUGCAUUUAGUUGGGUGUGA